ACACCAACUCAGAUCCUCAUUGCAGAAUUUUUUUGUCCUAACAAGAGCUGCCUGAGUAGCUAUACUGCUUGUAUACUCUGAGCCUCAUAAUUCAUUAAGAACGUUUGUGAGAUUAUUUAAGUAAGUAACUUACUGGGGAAUGAGUGUGGGAAGUUAUUUCACAAGGAUGAGUAUUGACUAAUGCUUUAUAAAGUGACAGUUUAUCAGAUUGGAAAUAACUGAAUACCAUUUUUCUUCAAAGCAUAUAAGAUGACAACAGCAGCCAGGCCAACUUUUGAACCUGCUAGAGGUGGAAGAGGAAAAGGAGAAGGUGAUUUGAGCCAGCUCUCAAAGCAGUAUUCAAGCAGAGAUCUACCGUCUCAUACAAAGAUAAAAUAUAGGAAAGAGGAGGAUGAAGAUGAGGAUUUUGAAGAGGAGAGUGAUGAUGAUGAUACUGCAGCCCUUCUUGCAGAACUAGAAAAAAUUAAAAAAGAAAGAGCUGAAGAGCAGGCCAGGAAGGAACAAGAACAAAAAGCCGAAGAAGAGAGGAUCCGUAUGGAAAACAUUCUGAGUGGAAACCCACUCCUGAAUCUCACUGGCCCAUCCCAGCCUCAGGCCAACUUCAAAGUUAAAAGAAGGUGGGAUGAUGAUGUUGUCUUCAAGAACUGUGCAAAAGGUGUAGAUGAUCAGAAGAAAGACAAAAGAUUUGUAAAUGAUACGCUGCGAUCUGAAUUUCACAAAAAGUUCAUGGAGAAAUAUAUUAAGUAGUACAGUUUUAUGUGCUUAAUUAUUAAAAGACUGUAAAGUGUAAAGGAUUGUUCUGGCUUUAUUUUGGUUAGCACUCUCCCCCUUUUCUAAUUGUGUAUGGGCUUCCCUAAUUUUAAGUUUCAAAAUAUCUUUUCAUGAUCUCUUAUUUGAUAAUGGACUUGGAAAUUAUUCUUUGAAUGUUCCAGUCAUAUGUUUUCUUUUUAAUAUGGGAAAAGGAAACUUGACUUUUAAUAAAUAUUUUAAUAGUCUAAAUAUCAAAUCUGUGUCCCUAACUUUUUGUUGUAAUUUAUGCAGCUUAUAAAAAGUUGCAUAUAUUCUUAGAGAAGAAAAAUUAGUUACUGUGUAUUAUGGUCCUUUGUGCAUUAACUUUUUCCCCUCAUUUUCUCUAACACUGAUUUAAGGUCAGUUAAUU